GCAAUGUGAAGGAUUCCCAUUGCUAGAACACACCAACAGAACUUCAUCAUGACGCCAUAAUAACAGGGAGGGAGGGAUUGUCCGAAGUGGAGGACUUGAGACAAAAAGUACAUCGAGGCAUACAUGAACAAUUAUCACCCACCCUUCUUCUGCUUGAGAUGUUGGACCUCCUUCCUCCAAGGGCUACACCCAUACCCUCAACAGACUCUCAGCUUCGUCCAAGGGCUUUCCGUACGCCUUUAUGCCCAGCCCUACAGCAACGCCGCAAAAUCUCAUCGAAAUUCAUACCCAUCAAGGGGAUGGUGCACGGCCCACCGUCAGAGGGUUGGGAGCUUCAGCCUGGUCAUGACACCAGCCUUGGGUUUGAUCAAGAGACUCGAGCGUGGCUCGAGGAGCUGUAUCAAGCAUGGGCUAGCAACGCGCCCAUCUCGACAUUUUCAAGCAUUCGCGACGGCCUUGUUGACCAGUGUGACCACCUCGACACACGCAUCUCCACGUUUUGCUCUGUGGCCAGGAUCGUUUCUUCGCAUCGAUCACAGGCAAAUAGAGAACCAGAGUGGAAAGAGCUGCUGGCUUUAUCCCACUUGACAGACAGAAACAAGCGUGAAGAGGCUACCAAAAAGAAGCGAAAACGGGCAUACAAUGAAAACAACCGUCUACGAAACCUCGCAUUUAUUGUUGCGCUCUGGUCUCCCGACGUGGUGUUUCACUAUGCAUGGAAUUGUGCUAGUCAGGUACAAAUGAACAUGCUCCGAGCGUGUGCAACAAGCUACCCCAACUUCUUCAACGAAUUUCUGCCGCGCCUCAAUGCUGUGUUAUUACAGCGACAUCGACAGGCGCUUCUUGGUGGCCGGUUAAAGACGUUGAACGAGGCUCCUCUGCAGCCCCAUCGCGACUUUGAUCUGGUUACAUUGGCUUCAACGACAGUUGAUGGCAAAAUGGAGGAGCUGUGGGUCGCCAGUCAGGAUGGCCGUGUCGCCGUGGACGCAAACGCGAUAGUCUUCUUGCGUGACAUCAGACCCGGUCACUAUGCGGCCCAUCUUCUGCGAAGGGACCGAUUCGGCGUCCUCGCUGCUCGGGGCGAAGCUUGCCUGCCAUCUUCGCCAAGACACCAGCAUGCCAUGCCGCUAAAAACCUCGCCUGCGGAAGUGAGUACAGGCGAUGAAGAUGGCCCGGGAGAUGCUCAGAUAGCACCUGCACAGGACCAACUUCGGGACACACAGCCCAGCUUAGACGUGUCACCGAAUCAGCUAGAGAACUUCCAGGGGAUGUCCUCUGCGCCCUCGGAAGCGAUGCCACUCUUUGACUCGAUGUGGGACUGGAACAGCGCAGACUUGUCCUACAGCAUCGAUAUGCACGAUCCCAUGUGUUGGCAAUCUUCGGCCUUGUUCCUUUCGCCCUCAGCCAUGAACUCCUUUGGGCAACAUCAACCUUCGACCAUAACAUCAGAACCCACAACCCCCAGCUUUCCAGGCCCAUCUCGACUCCAUUCGGAACCUAGCCCAACCUCACCACAAUCCAGCGAGUUGGAAGCCGACCUGUUCACCUCAGCAGCUCUAUAUCUUGGAACGGCUCCAAUCACAGGAAAAGACUUGGCCAGCCUGGAGGAAACGCUUCAUAGCCAAUAUUACCCUACAAUUAUGCCUUAUAUCGACGGCAUGCUUGCAAAGGAGGCCCGGGAGGAUCCCCUUGAAACCCACCAAGACCAGGCACCACCGUUGAAGGCAGCCACAAAAUGGGCCUCGAUGUGGACGCAAGGCAAUGCGGUCCUGCCCGGUCGUGCUGCAUCUCCCAUGGAUGCUGAUGUGCUCUAUCUCACCUCCAACGAAGCGAUCCAGGCCGCUAAAGCACACCAAGUGUUCGAAAAGCCAGUGAUCAUCAAGGAAACCUUUCUAGAUUCUGGUAUGCACGCCAUGCUUGAUUCUUUGUGUUUAUUGGAGGAUGAACUUGCCAACUCUGUUCACGAUCGAGGCACCUCCAAUCUCAGAAACAUGACCCACUCGCAUCGACCUUUGUUGACCAUGCUUCCACGUUUCCGUCUACUAGACUGUCUGAUAGAGCGACUCAGACUACGCACUAGCAGGAGUGCCAGUGCAUGCCAACAACUAGGAAGCCCCGAGGCUUUUCCUGAGAUCAGAACCGACUUCAACGCCGUCACCCUGCCCCAUGUCUGCUUUGGGCCAUCCUUUGCCACCAUGAGUGGGGUUUGGUUGCGUAAUCUUGAGGGUCUCAAAAUCUGCAUCUUUGCCUCUCUUUCUGACACUGAUACGGACCCUGCGCUGAAGGGUCUUGAGAGAAAUGAUGCACACAGGGCUUUUAUUUUAGAGGAAGAUGAUAUACUCAUCAUACCCCCUGCUUCGAGAAUAGUUUACACCGUUUAUUCCCCUGUUCAGGGUAUCAUGGAAGGGGGUAUAUUUUGGGAUAGUCUUGCUCUCAGUAGUCUUUUGGACAGCACAAUGUGGAUUCAAAGACGUGGACCAGGGGUGGCGUCAAAGUUCGAUCAAGACAUCACAUUCCACUCUCGACAGCUGCUAGGACUGUUAGAAGCGUUGAGGUCUCUUAUGGACGUACAUCCCCAUUUGUUCGGGGACAACAUUGUACCCAGUCUGUUGGAGAGUUUGGACCAGGCUUUGGCUAGAUCUGAUCACAGUCGGGAGGCUCAAUAA